GUCACACUGACCAUUUAAAAGGCUUCUCAUUAACCAGAACUUCCAUCUCCAUGUGUUUAAACUGGACCACAUACAAUUCAAGUAGGUUUAAGUCUGUGAAUUGCAUGUCAUGUUGCUUUCUUGUUUUGUCUUGGUCCUACUCAUGCCAGGUUCUUGUUUUACGGCACCCACAUUUAUGCCGAGGCAAGAGAGCUCUCCUUCUGCAGAACCACAGGUUGACUUGAAGCUGGCCACAGAAUACCUCGAGCACUACUACAAUCUGCAAGAAGAGCCUAUGGGGCGCACGAAGCGGAGCCGGCCCUUCUUCACCUCCAAGGUGAAAGACAUGCAGAUAUUCUUUGGGCUAAAUGCAACAGGCGUGCUGGACUCAAACACCCUAGAGAUAAUGAGGAGCCCUCGAUGUGGGGUUCCAGAUGUGGAGGAGUACAGCCACCUCCAGGGAACACGAUGGAACAAGAACAUCCUCACCUACAGAAUUGGCAGGUACACCAGAGAUUUGCAUCGCAAAACUGUGGACUCUCUGGUUGAGUCAGCUUUCAGCGUUUGGGCCAGAGCCAGCAGUCUGACGUUUGUCAAGUCGCAUACCCGCAACGCUGACAUCAUGGUGGAGUUUGUGACCUAUGAACAUGGUGAUUUUUAUCCAUUUGACGGACCCAGAGGCACACUGGCUCAUGCUUUCGGGCCAGGGCCUGGCGUUGGAGGGGACACACACUUUGAUGAUGCUGAGUAUUGGACAGCAGGAGAGACAGGUAUUAAUCUGUUGGUGGUAGCAGCUCAUGAAUUUGGCCAUGCUUUGGGCCUGAAGCACUCCAGAAAUCCUGAUUCAUUGAUGUACCCAACCUACAGAUCCUCACGUUCAGCCAACCUUUUAUCCAUAGACGAUGUAGUAAAUAUCAACGCACUUUACAGUCCAGUCAGAGGGAACCCAAAUUACUUUUCGAGGUUGGGUUGGAGUUCUCAGAAUAACCCCUGGCUGUCGGGGUCGCUGCUCCCUCAACUCAUUCAGAACAAAUGUGCUUCAGACACGACAUUUGACGCGGUGUCCACUGUUGGGGAUGCCACCUUAUUUUUUAGAGAUAGAUACCUCUGGAUUAAACACAAUGGGCAUGAUGACAUCAAAGAAGGUCUCAUCACCAACUUUAUGCCAAAGAUUGAAACCAGCAUCGAUGCAGCCUUCUGGGUGCCUCGCAGAUCCGCUGCUUACCUUAUUCAUGAGUCCAUGUUCUGGACAGUGAAAGGCUCUCUUGUGAGGGGAAAGCCUCGGGAACUAAGCCACUUUGGGUUUCCAGCCUGGGUCCAGGACGUUGACGCAGCAGUCCACAUAGUGAAAACUGGACGCACCCUUUUCUUUAUGCAUGAUAUUUAUUGGAGUUACAAUGAAAACCGAAGGGUUAUGGAUUUUGGUUACCCAAAGUACAUCAGCGAGGACUUUCCUGGAGUCAACACAACAAUAAACGCAGCUGUCUACAAAGAGGGUUUUAUCUACUUCUUUGACGGACCACAAGUCUACAAAUAUGACUACGCCCAGAAACAAGUUGUCGGAGUUGAGAAAGCAAAUUCUUGGCUUGGAUCACCUACAAUUGCGCCAACAGUUUCACCAGUGGAGGAAAACCUGGCAGAGGAUUACAUUUCUCGGUUCUACGCUGACAUUGGGAUGACAAACUCCACACUACGAAGAGCUGUUCGGAGCAAUUUCAGUCAGGAUCUACAGGCCAUGCAGGCUUUCUUUGGCCUGGAGGUGACUGGAGUCAUGAAUAAUGAGACUACGACUGUAAUGAAGGAGCCCAGGUGUGGUGUGUCUGAUAUCAGCCGAUAUGGACACUUUAGUGGGAGACCCAAGUGGGAGAAGAGGCUGAUUACAUACAGGAUCACUCAAUACACUCCAGAUCUGACCCAGAGUCAUGUGGAUUCAACCAUCGCACAGGCCUUCCAGCUGUACAGCGAUGUCAUCCCGCUCAACUUUAAGCAGGUCUACAGCGGUAAUGCGGACAUCAUGAUCCUUUUCAAGGGUGGAUAUCACGGGGACUUUUACCCUUUUGACGGGGCGGGUGGAGUCUUGGCUCAUGCUAACUCUCCUGGACGGGGUCAGGGAGGGGACACGCACUUUGAUGAUGAUGAAACCUGGACUCUUAGCUCAAGAGGUGUGAAUCUUCUGCUGGUGGCAGCCCAUGAGUUUGGCCAUGCACUUGGCCUGGAUCACUCCAGGGACAGAAGGGCACUUAUGUACCCCACCUAUCGAUAUGUCAACACUAAUCGGUACAGGCUGCCCGAUGAUGACAGGCGUGGGGUUCAAGCCCUAUAUGGCAGUCGUACGCCAGUGCCAACAACAGCACCGAAACCUAAACCGCCUCCUGGCCCGGACCCUGGACCAGAGCCAGAGGAACCAACAGAGGAUCCAGAAGACCCUCUGCCCAACCCCAGAGAUGAGCAGUGCAGCCGAGAGCUGGUGUUUGACGCUGCUACCUCUAUCAGGGGAGACCUCUUCUUCUUUAAAAAUGGAUACUAUUGGAGGAAGAGUACAACUAUCAGUGGAAUCCGUUUAACGAAAGUGAGCACAAAAUGGUCACAAAUCAAAUCUGUUGAUGCUGCAUUUGAAGUCCCAAACAAGGAUGUGGUGUGUCUUUUUGAAGGUCGUCAAUACUGGUGCAUUAGGUCUUAUGCAAAGACAAUCAUUUCAGGGUAUCCAAAGCCUCUUACAAACCUUGGCCUGCCCUCUUCAGUCAGUAAGGUCGAUGCAGCUGUCUAUGUGCCAACUACUGGAAAAACAUUCAUAUUUGUGAAAAACCUGUAUUGGAGUUAUGAUGAGAGAAGAAACCAAAUGGACUUUGGAUACCCACGAUCAAUAAUUCUGGAUUUUCCUGGCAUAGGCUCCAAAGUUGAUGCAGCCUUUGAGAAUUAUGGAUAUCUUUAUUUCUCAGAUGGCCCCCGGCAGACUGAAUACAUCCUGUCCAACAAGAGAGUUAUACGUGUACUGCUCAACUACGGCUGGCUCAACUGUUACUGAGAACUCACAGACAACAGAUCAAUGUCUAAGAUGUGCUUGCUGCCAGCAUAUUAUGAACAAAUA